AAAGCUGCCAAGCUGGACGUCACCGCCUCGCUCCACUCCUCCACGCCCCCCUCAGAGCCCGGCGGUGAGCAGCCAGAGCUCGCCGGGGAGGAGCAAUAUGUGAGCGAGGGCGUGCCAUUGGAGGAGGCACCUGGUGACAUCAUCUACAGGGACGCCGGGACCAUUACAGAUGUGUGUAAUAGUACUGACCUUCCGGAGGUGGAAAUCAUCAGUCUCCUGGAGGAGCAGCUGCCUCACUACAAGUUGAGGGCGGACACCAUUUUCGGGUAUGACCACGACGACUGGCUCCACACGCCCCUCAUCUCCCCCGACGUCAAUAUCGACCUCACCACAGAGCAGAUCGACGAGACGCUCAAGUAUUUCUUGCUAUGUGCUGAACGAGUGGGCCAGAUGACUAAGACAUACAAUGACAUAGAUGCUGUCACACGUCUGCUUGAAGAGAAAGAGCGGGAUUUGGAACUGGCCGCUCGGAUCGGCCAGUCGCUCCUGAAGAAGAACCGGACGCUCUCGGAGCAGAACGAGUAUCUGGAGGAGCGGGUGGGGAUCGUUCGGGAUGAGAUUGCACAGCUGCGUCACGAGCUCUCCAUGAAAGAUGAGCUCCUCCAGUUCUACACCAGCACGGCGGAGGAGAGUGAGGGAGACUCCGCAAGCUCCACUCCAUUACGGCGAAACAAAUCCAUGUCCUCUGUCCCAAAUUACUUCCCCAUGGACUCACUGCAGAGGAAACUCAAAGACCUGGAAGAGGAGAACAUUGUACUGAGAUCAGAAGCAUGUCACCUGAAAACGGAAACAAUCACAUACGAAGAGAAGGAGCACCAGCUUGUGAACGACUGUGUGAAAGAGCUCAGACAGUCUACCCUCCAGAUCUCCUCCAUCGCAGAGGAGCUGGCCAGGAAGACGGAGGAUGCUGCCCGCCAGCAGGAGGAGAUCACGCACCUUCUGUCCCAGAUCGUGGACCUUCAGAAGAAGGCCAAGUCUUUUUCAGUUGAAAAUGAGGAGCUCAGCCAGCAUCUGGCGGCAGCAAAAGAUGCCCAGCGACAGCUCACCGCUGAGCUGCGGGAGCUGGAGGAGAAGUACGCCGAGUGCGUGGAGAUGCUCCACGAGGCUCAGGAGGAGUGUAAGAACCUGAGGAACCGGGCGUUCCCCCACAGCACCUCCCGCCGCUUCCACCCCCUGGGACUCUUCCCCCUGGACUCGCUGGCUGCAGAGAUUGAAGGCACCAUGAGGAAGGAGAUGCAGCUGAAUGACCCUGACAUGGAGGAGCAGAAGACCCACCACACACGUGUGUUCGAGACUGUUAAGAACAUAAACCAGACAGUGAAGCCACGUUCGCCGGCCCCUUCGACCGCGAACAUUCCCGGUUCGAACCAGUCGUCCUCGCUGAACUUGACCGGCACGCCCCAGUCCCUCGGUUACGGCAGUGACUUCAGCAGCAUUGGCGUCGGCAACCGAUCCAGCAGUACAAUCCCGGAGUCACCCGAGAGCAGCGGCAUGGACGACUCCAAUAAGAACCCGAAGUCCCCCGGGGCGCAGGGCUCCCGCGACCUGGAGCUGGCGCUGCGGAGGCUGUCCCUGCGGCGGGAGAACUUCCUGAGCGAGCGGCGCUUCUUCGAGCAGGACCGCGAGCGCAAGCUACGUGAGCUGCUGGGCACCGGAGGGGGGGGGAGCGGCAGCCUCACCCCCAUCGAGAGCAUCAUGUCCCUGGGCACACACCACACCUUCUCCCUGGUCAACCGCUCCUACCUGCCCGACAAGCUGCAGAUCGUCAAGCCCCUGGAAGGCUCAGCCACUCUGCACCAAUGGCAGCAGCUGGCUCAGCCCAACCUCGGUGGCAUCCUGGACUCCCGGCCGGGCGUGGUCCCCAAGGGCUUCCGUCCGCUAGAACUGGACCUGGAGGAGGUCUACCAGUUCUCCGACUUUGAGGAGGACGAACCUGAUGAGAUGUUCUUCCAGAACCUUCCGACCUCUGGCCCCGUUCCCCCGCUCUGCCGCAGCCGCGCCUCCUCGUGCUCCUCCUCCUCCAGCAGCAUCAACAACAACCUUGCUGUUUCUCUCGAGGCUCCAGUGAAUUAUUACCCUGGAAAAUGCAUGUCUCACACCAACUCCACCUACACCUUCACCACCUGCCGCAUCCUGCACCCUUCAGAUGAGCUGACACGAGUCACGCCCAGCCUGAGCUCGGGGCCCACAUCCUCCUGCAUCAUGAGCAGCAGCCGGAGGUCCACCCCCGCGGCCACGCCCUGCACCCCCCGCCGCCUCAGCCUGGCCGAGUCCUUCACCAACCUGCGCGACUCCACCAAGACCACCAGCACCUCCCUGGGCCUGGUGCGCCUCCUGCAGGAGAGGGGCAUCUCUGCCGCCGUCUACCACCCCCAGAGCUGGGACCGGGCGGGCAGCGCGGCCCCGCCCAGGCCCUCCCUGGCCCCCAGGGCCCCCGACACCCUGCCCUCCACCCCGCCCAACUCCCCCACCAGCCAGCUCCCGGCCGGGGCGGACGCAGACUCCGAGGGCCCCUUCGACUUCCACGCCUCCGGCCCCCCCUACGACAACUUCCUGGCCUCCAGGCCGGCCCGCUCCAUCCUGCGGGAGGUGACGGCAGACUCCCGGGGCCGCUCCGACUGCGAGAGCCAGACCGACGUCAGCGUCUUCAACCUCAACCUGGUGGACAAGGUCAGGCGCUUCGGGGUGGCCCCGGGGCCCGCCCCCAUGCUGGGGCCCCUGAGCGGACUGCACCAGCCGGGGCCCCCUUUCGCGCUGAACGCGGGCAUGCGGCGGAACCGCACGUACCCCGCCAUGGUGGGGGCCAGCAUGGCCAUGAAGGACCCGGGGCCAGAGAGCGGGGACAUGAUCCUGGACUCCAAGCUGCACAAACAGACGAGCCUCAAGUGACGAGUCCCCCCCUCCUCCCACAUCCACGCACUUCCACUGACCUCCCAGCUCUGUGCCUGUUACAGACGCUCUUUAUACGGCUUCUUUUGUAUGAACCCAUUCCUCUCCCACUCCCCGACCUGCAGUAUAGAGCGCCGUGACGUAUUCCUGCUGUUUGAUGCCGUUGACGGAUCAAGAGGCUUGGCUCUUGAGGGGCGCAUACGAAUAAUAACAUAGUCCUCUGAAGUAUUUCCCUGAACCUUCAAGAAGUUCGGGGUUUGUGACACGUCCAAUGAAAGCACUUUUAUUCCCAUGGCCUAACGCAGAGAGGAUCAAGCUUUUCUUUGGUUCAGUUCCAUCCAGCUACUGCUCCUUCCGUCUACAAUUCAGUCAUUCACACACAAAAAUGUUAUUAUAUGUAUUAUAUGUAUAUAUUAAUUAGGAGGUACUGAGAGUCACAAAAUAAAUAAAUAAACAGUAUAUAACUUUUAUAUGGUGUGGAUAGUGCAAAGGGCCUGACACUCGUCACCCAGAUCAGUGGUGGUCCUGGUUGUGGUGGUCUCUGCUGGGAUGGUUUGAAAUGGUUUCAAACUAUUUCAAAUAGUUUCAAAUGAAUCUUCGGUUUAAAUGUCGACUGUUAAAUCCUAUUGCAGUUAAGGGGAUGGCAUGUGGAGACUGACCUGGCGCAAUAGUGCCUGAUCAUAUCAGUAGUUUAUACCAUCCUCGUGUGGAUGCAGUCUGGUUCUCUGCCAGGCAAAAACCAUUUGCACUGAAAAGUGGCGUUAUGAACACCCCUGAAUUGAUUUGACCAAAGUCUAAAUUACUUAACAUGUUAUAUUAAGUUCUGUAACUAAGCAGAGCAACACACAUGUAGUGUGCAAGUGUUUUGCUAAAUGCAAAAUGAAUGGACUGAUUCUCUGUUACAUGUGCACUCGAUAGCGAUGACCUGAAUUUCUGUUUUGAAUGCAUUAGUGACAGCACGUCCCUGUACUGCAUUUUAACUGACCAGUUUGGCCACAUUUCUCAGCCAAAGGAAUUAUUCUAAUCUUGCAUCCUAAAUCGUAAGUAUGCAAUACAUUUUCAGUUAGAAUAUAAGAAACGAAAUCAAGCAAGACCUGUGCUAUAAUGCUGACGAAAAGGAUUGCAUUGUAACCUUCAGGAACUUUAAAUGCCGUCCUUCAUAAGUCAUCAUCAAUAAAGAAUAUGGAUACGG